AUGGAUAAACACACCAUAAAAUGGUUAAUAUUAGGAGCAGGAAUACGUCUGUACUUAUGUUUCUCUGAUUGGGCACAUAUAUUAGGAAAUCGCGUAGAGAUUGCAACUCCAUUAAAUUCAUUCAAAAGAGUAAAUGAAGGAGUGUAUCUGCUUAAGCAAGGAAUAAAUCCAUACGAUGGAGAUAUGGUACAUGAAAUUCCGGUUAUACUUUGGAUUCUGAAAUUUGCCUCUGAAUAUCUAAAUUCUUGGCUGCCGAUUUUAUAUGUGUUUAUUGACAUUUUUACUGGAUGCAUUCUGUACCAUGUCAGCAAAAUAUUUGUACGUAGAAAAUUUAAAGUGCAGUCUGAAGAGUUGCAAAAAUAUGCAAAAGAUACCGAAGAACUACAAUAUCAACCGAACGAUGAAAGCACUAUUCCAUUUUUGGUACUUAUGGCGUACCUCUUUAAUCCACUAUCUAUUUUUAAUUGUGCCGGCUUGACUUCGACCGUUUUUAGUAAUAUGUUCCUGUCAUUGGCUUUGUAUGCCUUAGUAGACCAUCAUCUGAUGUUGUUUCUAUUUUCUGUUGUGAUUGAGUCACAUCGCAACUUGUAUCCUGUGAUAUUGCUGGCUCCAGCCGUUCUAGUGUUUAAUAAGAGUGGAAAAGUUAAAGCCAUUUUACAUAUUGCUUUGUCGUUCGUUGUUCUCAGCAUUGCAAUGUUCAGAUUGAACUAUGCCUUAAUGGGAGAUAAAAGUUGGAAUUUCAUUGAUGGUACAUUGGGAUUUAUAUUUUUCUAUCGUGAUUUGCAACCAAACAUUGGUUUGUUCUGGUAUUUCUUUACCGAAAUGUUUGAACAUUUCCGCACAAUGUUCUUGAUAACAUUCCAAAUGAAUGCAACGGUUCUGUAUUUGGUGCCAUUGUCCUUGAAGCUCCGCAAGGAACCGAUUCUCCUUGCAACAAUAUUAAUCGGGCUAAUGUCAAUAUUUCGUGCAUAUCCUUGUGUCGGAGAUGUUUCUUUCUACUUGGCAUUAUUACCUCUAUGGAAACGCUCAUGGAAAUUUAUGGUACACAAUUUUAUUGUAUUUUGUUUCUUUGUGGUGUCACUUUGUAUGCUACCCGCCUUAUGGCAUUUAUGGAUUUAUUCUGGUUCAGCUAAUGCUAAUUUCUAUUUUGGUGCCACAUUAGCAUUUUCAACAGGACAGAUAUUUUUAGUCACCGACUUACUAUUUGCAUACGUGAAACGAGAGUUUUGUCUUUUCAAUGGUCAAAAAAUUAUUGUACAGGGCAAGGAGGCCAAAAUUGUUUUAGGUUAG